AUGAAUACUGUGGAUUACAGUGCUGGACACAAAGUUUUGGUUGAUCGUCCUGCUCCAAAGGAACCGGGCCAAUUUUCUGGUCGUGUGCACGAUGAAGGAUACGAGCGACGAGCUCUACCAUUGGCUGUCUCCUCUCUUCACGCGAAUAGGGAUGACAACAAAUCAAAUGUGUCAUCAGAGCGCGGGAAGAUAAAUCGAAGCAACAAGCUUUUGGAAGGGAGAAGUUUACCGUGUCCUGUCUGUGGUAAGAUUUUCGUGGCCAUGAAAAAUCUGGAAUCUCACAUGAAAAGUCAUACCAAACAUCGGCCCUACCAGUGCUCAGACUGCGGUAGAAGCUUUUCGCUCCCUAAUACCCUCGUCUGUCACACUCGUGUACAUACAAAGGAGCGACCUUACGCGUGCUCGCUGUGCUUAAAGUCUUUUACGCAGGCCAGUACCCUCAAAUCGCACGUUAUUUACAAACACACCAAACAAUUCCCUCACAAGUGCGACACCUGUGGGCGGGGCUUUAUUUCUCCUGGUCAAAAAAUGGAGCACGUGACACGCCUUCACGGUCCAGAAGCGAGCGUGGACACUCAACAAUAA